CGGCUGUCGAGUGCUGUUUAAAUCGAUUUUUCUUUGCUUCUUUUGUAAGGAGGCUCGUCAUACUAUACAUUCUCUACCUCGUGACGUAAUUAUUUGUUUAUAUUCUCGCUCAAUACACCGAAAAAAACGAAAAUAAAAAUAAAAAAAUUAUUAAUGUACAAAUACUGUAUUAAGCUAAUGAUUCGUUAGUGAUUUUAAUUCGUUCGACAAGCAAUGAGUGCGACAGAACAGACAAAAUUAAUCGGUGUUAUUGACGCUGGCAGUAAUUCAGUUAAAUUUGUGAUUUAUCAAAUUCCUAAUUUUAAUCAAGUAUGUGCACAUGAAAUUGACAUUAAACAGAUAUCACCAAAAGAAGGAUUUCUCGAGCAUGAUCCAGAAGAGAUUAUUAGUGCUGUUAGGGAAUCAGCGAAAGUUGCAUUGCAUCUCUUACCAAAUUAUGGCUUUACCAAAGAUAAUAUUUACACAAUUGGAAUAACAAAUCAACGAGAAACGACAGUCCUGUGGAACAAGAAAACAGGAAAACCCUUGUAUAAUGCCAUAGUAUGGAAAGAUACAAGAACAACGUCAUCAGUUGACGAGAUUAUGGAGAAAUUGUCUGUCGAUCAGGAUCAUUUUCGAGAGAUUUCAGGACUUCCCAUUUCCUCGUUCGGAUCAGCUUUAAAAAUUCGCUGGCUUAAGCGUUUUGUGCCACAAGUUCGUGACGCGUGUCGUGAUGGAUUAUGUUUAUUUGGAACUGUAGACACAUGGAUUAUAUGGAACCUAAUACGGGGUCUUCACAUUACAGACUGUACAAAUGCAUCGAGAACUCUUUUAAUGAAUCUACAAACACUUAAUUGGGAUCCGCAGCUAUGCUUAGCAUUUUCAAUUGAUGAAAAAAUCUUGCCUGAAAUAAGAAGCUCAUCUGAGGUUUAUGGAAAAAUUAACGAUAAUAGUGAUCUUGAUGGAUUAAUAAUUAGUUCAAUAAUUGGAAAUCAACAAGCCUCAUUAGUAGGUCAAUUAUGCUUUAAAACAGGACAAGCUAAAAGUACUUAUCGUUCAGGAUGCUUCUUAUUAUGUAAUAUUGGAAAUAAGCCAGUCUUUUCACAUCAUGGCUUAGUCACGACUGUUGCAUAUAAAUUUGGAAAGAACAAACCGGUUUAUGCAUUAGAAGGGAACAUUGCUAUUGCCGGAACUGCCUUAAAAUGGAUUAAAGACAAUUUAAAGCUUAUGAAAGAUACGUCAGAAUCGGAAAUUUUAGGUAGCGUUGUACCUACAACGGGCGAUUGCUAUUUUGUACCGGCUUUUAGAGGAUUAUUUGCUCCAUAUUAUCAGAAAGAAGCUAGAGGCGUAAUCUGUGGUUUGACAGCUUUUACAACCAAAAAUCAUAUCAUUCGAGCGUCUUUGGAGACUGUAUGCUAUCAAGUUAGUGAUAUAAUUGAGGCUAUGAAAAAGGAUGCCGACAUUCAUUUGACAAAACUUCAUGUUGAUGGAAAGAUGGCUGAUAACAAUUUAUUGAUGCAAUUACAGGCUGAUUUAAGCGGAAUUCCCAUAUUACGUUCCUUAUCAGAAGACACUACAAGUCUAGGAUGUGCAAUAGCAGCAGCAAAGGGUGUUGAUCUCAUCGAUUUACGUCCAGAGAAUCGCGUCUAUUCAGUUAAAGUUCAUCAUGACACAUACUUGCCUACAACAACAGCUGAAGAUCGUCGUGCGAGAAUUAAAAAGUGGAAGAUGGCUGUUGAAAGAAGUUAUGGAUGGGUUGAGCAUAAGAGAAGUGAAGAAAUGACUAAUGAGCGCUAUGAAUUGCUAUCGUCCAUACCGUUCACACUCUUCCUUACAAGCUCAUUCUUUCUAUUAGCAGCUUCGGAAAUUUUUAAGUGAAUAUCACUGUGAUUGAAUUUUGUGGCCAUUGAAUCCAGUCAGAAAGUGUUUGGGGGAUGAAAAAAGAAAUAUUAGAGUUCAAAAGGUGUUAUGAAUCGAUAUUUUAAAAAAUAAUUAAAUAGCUUUAGUUGUAUCAAGAGACUUAACAUAUUGGUUGUUCCUGUGCAUAAAAUUCAUAAAUCUGUGAAUGGAUUGCACUUACUAGCGCAUUUUCUCAGGAAGAAUAAAGCUGUUUUAAUCAAUCAGUUAUUGGUCCGUACUCCGAAAUGACUUGCCUGCUCUAUGACGUGCUACGUGGGUAAGUUCUUCGUUGCAAUUCAACUAUAUUUUAACCGUUAUUUUUUGAAUGAGAUUUUUCAUAAAAUUUGAAUUUAUUAAGGCCGUUAAAUAAGUAAUUCAAUUCAGCCUUAUUCUAUGCUGUAGAAAUGUGCUUCCAUAGGUCGCAAGUGACCAAGACUUCAUAGUUUUAGUAAGCGGGUACGCAAUUUUAUGUUUUUCAAAAUAUUAUUUAUUCAUUUAAGUUUUUUUUCUCCAAAUUUUGCAUCAAUUAUUCUUACAAGUUUCUGUCUAUAUACUUUUAUUAAUAUUUUGUUAUUAUUUGUUGACUUAAAUGGAAAAAGUUGUUUACAAGUCAUCCAAAAAAUAAAAAAUUGUUUAUUAACUUUCAAAAAAAAUUGAAGCCAAAAAAAGAUGAAAAAAUAAAUAAGAAAACGUGUUCACACAGUUGAUGAUAAGGUGUAAUUCCAUAAAUGCAAAGUUCAACUU